AGGGAUGAUGAGAGAGGAGAACCACGAGCCGAGCUGAAACCGUCAAAACCGAAAACGGGAGCUCGAGGCGAGACGGCUGAGUCACUGCUGGUGAGGAGGAAGGUCUGGAGAGGGAACGAGCGAGGAGGAGGAGGUGGAGGAGGAGGGGGAGACGACGAAGAAGAAGGGAGGGAGUGCAGGAAGAUAAGCCACAACAGGAAGCAAAACGACACACACGCGUCCGCACACACACCGCGUGCUUGUGUGUGUGUGUCUGAGAGGGAGACUGCGCGAACGAGAGGGUGAACGGGAAAGGAAGGGAGGGAGAGUGACGCCGAGGCUGGGAGAGCCGGCCCCCCCCUCCUCCUCCUCCUCUCCUCCUCUCCCUCUCUUUCUCUCCUCUCCUCCUCUCCUCCCCUCCUCCCUCUCUCUCUCUGUGGAGCAGGCGUGUAGCGGCAUCAGACUCUGCGUGAAGGAACCAUGAGCGAUGUCACCAUCGUUAGAGAGGGAUGGCUCCAGAAACGGGGUGAAUACAUAAAGAACUGGCGGCCGCGUUACUUCCUGUUGAAGACUGAUGGCUCCUUCAUCGGCUACAAAGAGAAACCUCAGGAUGCAGACCUGCCGUACCCCCUAAAUAACUUCUCUGUAGCAAAAUGUCAGCUGAUGAAGACGGAGAGGCCGAAGCCAAACACCUUCAUCAUACGCUGCCUCCAGUGGACCACCGUCAUCGAAAGGACCUUCCAUGUGGACUCGCCUGACGAGAGAGAUGAGUGGACAGAGGCCAUUCAGAUGGUGGCUGACAAGCUGCAAAGACAAGAGGAGGAAAGGAUCCAGUGCAGCCCCACCUCCAACAUCGACAACAUGGUCGAGGAGGAGAUGGACAUCUCCACAACUCACCACAAACGCAAGACAAUGAGCGACUUCGACUACCUGAAGCUGUUGGGAAAGGGAACCUUUGGUAAAGUGAUUCUUGUCCGAGAAAAGGCCAGCGGGAAAUACUACGCCAUGAAAAUACUUAAAAAGGAAGUCAUCAUAGCCAAGGAUGAAGUGGCUCACACACUCACAGAGAGCAGAGUCCUGAAAAACACCAGACACCCCUUUCUCACUUCAUUGAAGUAUUCAUUCCAGACUAAAGACCGCCUCUGUUUCGUCAUGGAGUAUGUGAAUGGAGGGGAGCUGUUUUUCCAUUUGUCCAGAGAGCGGGUGUUCUCAGAGGAGCGCACGCGCUUCUACGGUGCCGAGAUCGUCUCGGCUCUCGACUACCUGCAUUCAGCCAAGAUUGUGUACCGGGACCUCAAGUUGGAAAACCUGAUGCUGGAUAAAGACGGCCACAUCAAGAUCACUGAUUUUGGCCUCUGCAAGGAGGGCAUCACAGACGCUGCUACCAUGAAGACUUUCUGCGGCACGCCCGAGUACCUCGCACCUGAGGUCCUGGAGGACAACGACUACGGUCGGGCGGUGGACUGGUGGGGUUUGGGUGUGGUGACGUAUGAGAUGAUGUGCGGCCGACUGCCGUUCUACAACCAGGACCACGAGAAGCUGUUUGAGCUCAUUCUCAUGGAGGAUAUCAAGUUCCCGCGCACUCUGUCGUCAGACGCCAAGUCCCUGCUGUCGGGCCUGCUCAUCAAAGACCCCAACAAACGGCUUGGUGGAGGACCAGAUGACGCUAAAGAAAUAAUGAGACACAGUUUCUUCUCCGGCGUUGACUGGCAGGAUGUCUAUGAUAAAAAGAUGGUCCCUCCCUUCAAGCCUCAGGUGACGUCGGAGACAGACACCAGAUACUUUGACGAGGAGUUCACAGCCCAGACCAUCACAAUCACUCCACCAGAGAAAUUUGACGAGGACGGGAUGGACUGUCUGGACAACGAGAGAAGGCCGCACUUCCCGCAGUUCUCCUACUCUGCCAGUGGGCGGGAAUGAACUGUCCAUUAUGGUGACAUCAUCACAGCUGGUCUCUGAGGUCAUCAGUGUGGGACAAAAGACCCACAGCUUUGGACCGAACCAGAAAGACUUGAAGGAUUUUGCCCUUCUCCUUCUCCUCUUCCUCCUCUCUUUUUCACCUCUCCAGUUGGCUUCUCAAAUAUUUUUUUUAAUUGUUGUGAAUCCAUUUUUAGAGAGAACUUCCAGGCAAAAAUUACUUUCUAAUUCUGCACUGCAACCCUAGUGAUCCGAACUGUGAUGUGAUCAGUUACUCUGUAAUGUCCCUUUAAUGACAGGAGCAUCACCGGUGGCCUGCUGUGCUUUGACACGUGUCGAUCCCGCCAAACUCUAAAAACAAACAACAAACAUCUGAUCGAGUUAGACAGCUGAUGCAUUUCUAAGGAGAUAUUUUUUGUGGCUUCUUAUCUGUAACAUGGAGCAUUUUAAGUCGAACCUAAACUGCCGUUACCGGUUGUAUCUCAGGCUUUUGCAAACAGACUCUCACACUCAGAGAGACACUCGGGUCUGAUUUCAAAUCCUCACCUAUAUAUUUCUGGGAUUGAUCGAGGCUGCCUGGCAGUGAGGAAGCAGUUGUCGUCCUGUGAGCAGAGUCGUGUUGUCGAGCAGGAUUUGACUCAGGUUUUGCUCGUUGCAAUUCAUUAUCGUUGUUGCUGCUAUUUCAACUACAACUACUACAGGUACUUCUACUCCUCCUACCACUCCUACACUGCUACUACUAAAACCCGGUGCUACACUUCGAGCUUAAUGCUGCAGAUCAUUACACAGGCGCCAGCAACGCAUCACCUGUAUUAACGUCUAUGCUUGUACAGCUGCAGAACAGGUGUUGCUCCUAAUGUACUACUACACAUUAACUCUGUAGAUCCAGACGAUGAUAGGGUGUCGUGUGUGUAUGUGUGAGUGUGUGUGAGGUGUUAUCAUGGGUUUGUGUUUAAGAACGCACUUCAAAGCACAGCAGUUCAGAAGGAUGAAGCUCCCAAACCAUGAGCUUUACUAUGUUACCCACAAUGCAGUGCAAGGUGGUUGAUACAUCCAUCACUGAGGAGGUGAAAAUGAGAAGUUGGUUUGAAUGUGUUCCCCUUAAUAAUUUUUUUUAAUUAUUAUUAUUAUUUAUUUCUCACAAUAACUCCCUCUGAGUUUAAAUCUCUUCUGUCCCAAAAAGGGAAAACAAAAGUGAAUCGGUACUUUUGUGUCAAUAAUGAAGCUUUAUUGUGACACGUUGUUGUCAUGGCGUUAGGAACCACAUGGCUGUACCUCUCUGCCUCUGUGCAGGAAAAGGGAAACUGCAGCAGAGUGCAAAGAGAAGUCCAUGAUUUGGGCAUUGUUGUUGAGAAGAGAGAGAGUACAGGUGAAAAAGCUCUGAGAAUGAUGAAAUAUUUAUUAUGUCAUAAUUUAUGACGUAUUGAUGAAUGAGGUAACAGCUGAUUUCCUGUUUCCUGUCAGAUUACUAUGAAGGUUUUUUUUUUAAAUUUAAACUGAAAAAAAGACAUGGUCUGUGAGGAGGUACGCAUCAACAGUUAUGGGUUUACACCAAUCACAGCAAUGACUAUAAUAUAUAUAUGUUCUAUUUAUUGUUCUACUCAUCGGUUUUAUAUUUAACUUUUUCUAUUGUUAUUACAUUAUUCUAGAAAAAAAAUUCUUAGGGCUGAGAGAAAAAAAAAUGGCACCUCAAGAAACAAAAAUGGCAGAAGAAUGUAGGAGGGAAAGCAGAUAGCCUUCCUGCUCCAUUGUUAUUUAAUGUUUUUGUGUUGUUUCGUGACCAAAAUGUGACAGCGGAGAGGUGACGGGAUGCGUUAAAGACAUGAUAGAUUAUUGUGAGUUUAAGGAAAGUAAAAAAAUCAAGAAAUGUAUUUAUUUGCAUUUAACCCAUUCUUCUUCAGUUUUAUCCAAAUCAACCGACAGGUAGAGUUGGGUCGGCCUAGUCCGAUGUACGACCUUUCAUUUGUCCAGUUUCAUUUGAUGCAAACUGGCAUUUUUUAUUAUGACAAGUUCAAACAAAUUAAAAGUUAUUCUAAAUCAGCGCUAAAUCCAGCAUGUUUUGCAUUAGUAUUAACUUAAAGCAAUAUGAUGACAUGAUUAACAUAAUAUUAUGUCCAUUUAUAAAUGGCCUAACAAUUUACUGCUGAGUUGAGCGUCUGCAACAUGAAGGAGAUCAAGUUUCAUUAGAGGAGGGAGGUUGGAAGAACAGCACGUUUGUUUACUAGCAAGUUCGUGUGUUUUUUGGGGAGACAAGACUAGACAUGGAAGAGUUAGUCUCUCAAAAAAAACUAAACUUGAACCAAUAUGGCAAUAAUUUAGAUUUGAGGCUGACAAAAGAGGUGUCCUAACUAACUGAGCGGGACACGGUGUGCUGUUUUGAGCUAAAUUGUGUAAAACAGUAAAUAUCACAAUAAGAACAUGAGUUUCUGUUUUAAAAAAAGGUACAAAUGUAGGAAGAUGGCAAGUACUCACAUCUUUUACACCUCCAGUGUGAUACGAUACAAUAGGAUACGAUACUGAAGUUUAUUGUCAGUUUACACUAAAAUUCAUUUUGUGUCCUCAGACAGAUAGUAAGACUUGAGCUGAGCUUGUCCAGGACGCAGCCGUUUGCAGCCAAGCAGAGCACUGGAAGAUGUGUGAGUUAAAUGAUCUCGAGCGCACAGCUGAUAUUUAUGUGGUUUGUUUACAUAAUGUAACAGAAAUGCAUAUUUGAGGCAUUCAGUGUGGACAGAGCGCCCCGAUGUUACACGAUGGUCUGACACUUGUUUGCUGUCAGGACGAACUGUCAUUAUGUGCCACUCUGUUGCGACCGCUCUGUCAAGUUGUAAAAUUCAGUUAACCAGCGCAGUCUGGUGUUUGGCAAAAAUCAAACCGGUUUUAACAUUUCAACACCGGCCCAACUCUACCCGCAGAUGUUACUGUGAAGGCUCAUCUCAACUGAUUGACUGUUGUCCCAAAUGUUGCUCAUGUUUACUGUUACCACAGGUGUGUGUUGGUGAAGGCAGCGAGUUCAGAGAGAAAGUGGAAGUUGAGCAGAAAGAAAACAAGUGCAGAAGUCUGAAUGUAGAGUGGUAAAGAUGGAAGAGAUUUUAUCUAUAAGUGCUACUGUUUACUGUAAGUGUGUCAGGCAGAGUGGAGGAGAAAGUCAAAAAAGAGAGGUGAUAAUGUUUUGAUUUGUUUGCAAGAUCAGUCAGGUUUUUGGAUUGUAAAUGAAUGAUUUUAUUUCAUGAGUGAGGACGAUCAGAGUCAGUCUCCUCUGUCUUUAACGCGUGCUGUCACUUCUCCAGUCUGGACUUUGUUUGUUUGCGUCGUCAUGUCUUCCAGUCUGACCAACAAGAUUUAAAAUCCCCUGAAUUUAUCUGUCUUCAAAUGCCAGUAAGCCUUAUGGUUUAGCUCAGAAUAAAAAUGUUGACAUCUAGCACUUCAAUGUCAAAGAAUCACCAGACGUGAGGAAAUAUAUUUUUAAAAAAUUGACAUUUCAAUUGCAUUUUAAAAACACGUGGAAGACACACCUUUAAUAUCUGGAUGACACAGAUUAAAAGAGCACCAGGGGAUGUGCUCUCAUGAGGCGUAGAAAAUUGUAUUCCAAUAUAUUUAUUAUUUGAAUGUUUUUAUUAUUGAUGGAUAACUUGAAUUUCUUUUCUAUUUAAUUUAUUUGAUGUUAUUUUGUUUUGGAGUUUAACAGUGAGGGGGCGUAGUCGUGUUUCACUCUGCAGUUUGAGUCUUCAGAGAUUUCGUUCUUAAAAUAAAUGCCUCCUUUUUUUUUCUUUACAGAUUUCUCUUAUACGACACAUUACCUGUUUUUCCGCUGCUCUUAAGUCCAUAUGCUUUACUCUUGCACAUCCAUUAAAUUGCUACUAGCUGGCAAAGGCGCUUUAUGGCAGAAAGUAGAAAAGGAUGGCGCUGGCCUGCAUGCUGUAGUCCUCUGUCCGCACUACCAGUCCUGAGUCAAAGUGGCACUCAGAACUCUUAUGAAAAAUACUUCUCUGUGAUCGAUUGAGCCUGUCUGGCACAGCUGAAGCAGCCGAAAAAAGCUCAAAAUGAGAACAGUUCCCACCCAGCUGGCACCCUCGACAGGCUCAAGCAAACGCUCCCAAGUAUUUGGAAGGAUUUCAGCUUUGAUUUGACCCAGGUCUGCGAGCGACUGAGGAGUUCUAGCUGUAUGCGCACGCUUACCGCCAAAAUCAUUAGAAACCAGAGUUCAUAAAAUACCGCUUUGUAGCUUUGGCCACAGCACUUUCACAUCCAUCACUUUUUAUAUGAUUCAGAGGAAUCUGAUUCAGCCCUGCUUUAAAGGAAGAUUUUUAGCUUCUUUUUAAAAAACAUGUUUUUAAGAAAAUGAGGAUUUUUAAAGCACAUCUCCCCUCCACAUACGACCGAUAGCUUUGAUGUUGCUCUGAUGUCUGGAGUUGGCAGGACCUGGGUGAUUGUGUCCCACAGAGACGAGCCAGUGCUGCCACUGCAGAAUCGCGCUCAGUGGAAAUGUUCAGUAAAUUGGUCAGUCUUCAUAAUGUUUGGAGAAAUCCACAGAUGUCACUGACUCCUUCUCCUCUCCUGUGUUGAAAAGUUUUCCCUUCGUUGAGCCUCCGACUCUCCUCGUUUGAUCCUCAAGUUCACUUGCUGGCAGCAGCGACGCCAGACGUUGAUUCUAAGGUCAGAGAUCAUUAAAAAAUAAAUGUUUUCCUCCUCAAAGUGGAGAAGGUGGAGCUUAGUAAUCCUCCUCAUCAGUGUGGGUUUUCUCCUAAAGACUAUGAAUCAGUUUAGGGCACACGUCAGUCUUAAACUGGACGCUGAAGGUCAGUUUAAGCCUCCUCACAGCUUUACUGGUGCCCUCGACCUUUGUGUGUGAUACCCGACGCUGCACUGACAGUGUCCACUCUUAAAGCUGCUGCUGUUUGUACUGUACAUCUAUCACACAACAGAUCUGACUCCAGUAGUAUUUGAUUAAUAUGUAAAAUCCUUUCAAAGACCUCAGCUCCUCUGUAUUGAUCUCACCCGUUGUUAAUGAACCGACGGCGUCAGCCAAAAAAUCACUCGGCGUGGCGUUUAAUGCAGAUAAUAAGUACACGGCUCCAGUGUUUGGAAGGAUUUCUGAAAGUAUUUGACCUCGUGUCUGCGACAGAACUCCUCCCCUCUCUUCUUCCUCUGGUACUAGUCUACUAUCAUCAUGAUUAUUAACAUGAACAAGCAUGAGAUGCAUUUAUUUAUAAACAGCAAACAAAAAACGGCAAACAUGUACAAAUACUACUAAGUGUAACUGAGUUUUCAUUUCAUGUCCAUGUCCAUCGACUGUAGCUUUACAGCUGUGUGAGACAUUUGUGGACAGCUGCCAGCUGUCCUCAGAGCGGGCCACGUUUCCUCCCCGAAGCACUGUAACACUGAAGUCAGCUCUGCUCUCCGACAUGUCAGCGGAGCAGAGCUGUCGUUGACUCUGAGACGGGCGAGUGUCGGGAAACUCAGCAGAUCGAUCAAACAGCCUUUUUCUGUCCCUCAUGCUGUCAGGAUGCAGUGCUGCUGGCCGCUGAGGCCGCCAGGAUGUGAAAACAACAAAUUACCAUCAACAUGAAGCUGUUUUUUACACUGUACAUCCUUAGUAUUUUUACACAUAAAAUGUAUAUGAUAGGGAUGCACAUUAUUUUCCUUCUUACAGACAGCUUCAAUAAAGCACUAUGUCAAUCUGC